AUGAUUUCUGCGCCUGAGUUUGCACCUCAAAAUAAACCUCACACAGAGGAGGAGGAGGAGGAGGAGGAGGGGAAAACCUUCACACAACAACAUCACCAGGCCUUUGCUCUCUUCCAGAAAUGUCCUCUAAUCUUUAUUGAUCUCACUCGACUCUUCCUGCCUCCACAUCAUCAGCCCCAGCGCUCCCAGCUGCUUCCACCUCCAAAUUUCAUUGUGAUCCCAUCUGAAGACGAUUACCUCACUCUCUCUGUCACAUUACCCGCCUGCAUCUCCAGCCCGUUCCUCAUUCUUUCACACACAUUAAACACAUUAGAGAUGAAUGUUUUUUCCUCUUUUUGUGGUAGGUUGACUCCUCAGCACCCACUUUAG